AUGGUUGCUCCAGAUUUUACGGAGCGUUUACAGAAUGUUGCCACUAGGCAAGGAGAGCCCGUCGAACUUUCAGUCACGGUAAAUGACAACGAUGCCGUCAUUGCCUGGUUCCGUGAAGGUGCCGCGAUCCAGAAUGGGGGCGACUUUGUAAUCUCUUCGUCCGGCAACCGACACACCCUCUCAAUCACUUCCCCCUACCCCGAAGACAGCGGUGUUUUCACCGUCACUGCAAGCAAUGCUUCCGGCAAGGCUACUUCCACUGCAAGCCUUUUCGUUGAAGCCGCUUCCUCUGACGAAGAAUACGCUGUCCACCAAUCCACCCAGAAAAGUGUUCAAAAGACUACUGUAACGGAAUCUUCCACCUCCGUUAAAGCCGUCAAAAAGUCCGCCUCUGCCUCUUCCAAGAAAAUCGCCGGCUUCCAGCCAUCUGCUCAGCAAAACAUGUUCGCCAAGGUCUUUAUGUCCGCCGAAACUGGUCUCAAAAAGGUCAAGAAAGUCAAGAAAACCAAGGUUGAGUCUUCCGCCGAAACCGAAUACGAAACCGUUGCCGAAUCUUGUACUGAAGCCGAAUGUUUUACUGAAACCGAAGCCAGCUCUGUCGAACAAAUUGGCUCCAUGACCAAGAUCUCUCCUCAAGUUCCCCGAAAACCAACCGCUCUUGAUUUGAUCAAAAAGCCCCAGAUCGAAGUUUCUUCCCCACUUGGAAAGAAGCGAGAGAUUCAGGGUUUCCGAUCCGUCAAGUCUACCACCGGCAAAAUUCACCAAAUCUCUUCCUCCAAGAAGGUCGACAUCAACAUCGAUCGAACUAGCAAUCAGCAAAUCUUGUAUGGUGCCAAGUUCAAUCCAGGUGGUGGAGUUGUUCGACAUGUCACUGCUCCCUCUGGCCCACGAAGUCGAGAAGCUUCCGAGGAACGACGUACUAACUAUGCAACUAGCAACUAUGAAUCCGAGUUCGAGCAGGUUGACAUUGACGACGAAGAAGAAGCCGGAAACGAAGAGCUUGUUGAAGUUGAUUCUCUUCCUGCUACUCCUGAGCCCGAGGAUAAUGCUCCAGUUGAAGACGAGCCACAAGAGCCAUUCGCUCCUCGAUUUGAAAUGCCACCAGAGGAUGUUGACGUCAUUGAAGGCGAUGUUGCUAUUCUCCAGGCUCACAUUGCUGCAUGGCCCGAGCCAGAGAUCAAGUGGUACCGAGAAGGCGCACUUAUUGACAACUGCGAGGACUACCAAGUUUCAUUCGAAGACGGUAUUGCACAAUUGGUUAUUCGAAACUGCUAUCCUGAUGAUGCUGGAAAAUUCACUAUUUCCGCUAGCAACCAGAUGGGUACCUCUUCCAGCACCUGCUUGUUAGGCGUUAAGUCAACCUCGCAGUGCGAACGUGACCAAUUUGAACAAGUCUACGAAGAGUCCGCCAACGAGUCUGCAAAUGAAUCUGGAACUGCUACUUCUGAUCCAGAUGAUGAAUCCGUUAUUGUUAAGCGAACUGAUGUUCUUUCCCCUGUCCACGAGGGCGCAGAGGGUCUUCAAUCUCCUGCUUCCCCCGUCCGACACCAUCAAAGCCCCGAACAAGUCCUCGAAGAAGCCAUGGAAAUCGUGACUCAAGCUGAGCAGCGACUCGCGGCCACCAGCCCCGUCGCCGCUAGCCCAGUUCCAGCUGCUUUGCCACCAGCAUCUGGUGCUCCACGAUUCUCUACCAUCCCUGACCGAUGCGUUCUCCUCCAGGAGGGCGCAACUCAGAUUUUCGAGGCUGUUGCUCCCGGCGCUCACGUAUUUUGGGAGCGCGAUGGCAAGCCAAUCAUCGGUGGAUACCGAGUCAAGGUUGAAGAAGACGAGAAAAAAUGCAAGUCUACUCUUACUCUCAACAUGGUCUUCCCCGAAGAUGCCGGCGAAUACGUUGCUGUCGCUGCAAACCAAUUUGGAAAAAGCACUCAUUCCGUUUUCUUCCUUUCUUCUGAACACUAUGCUGCAUUUAUGCGCAAGGGUGGCGAAGUCCCCACUGGUCUUACUGACUACACUACUGCUGAGUCAUCUGAUGAACUUGACUCUCGUGGUCGCCGAGAGAAUCUCAAGAAUAUCAAGAAAGGCGUUGGCAUCAAGAGUGGUGGAACCCCACUUGGAACAAGAUCCCCCUCGCCAAGACUUCGUUCAAUGUCUGGCUCACCUAAACGAGCUGCCUCUCCAGGACAGGGUCGUCUCUCCACUCUCGACCCCGCUGACAUGAGCAAAGUCUACAAGCCUGUUUUUCUCGUCAAGGCCGUCAAUCAAGAAAUUACUGAAGGCAAGGCGACUCGAAUUAAUAUUCGCGUGACUGGCCGACCUCCAGCACAAAUCACUUGGCUGAAGAAUGGCGAGCCAGUUCAGGAAGACGACACUCACCGAAUUAUUAUCAAGGAGAACGGUGUCGAAUCUCUUAUUUUCGAUAGCGUUACAGAAGCUGAUUCUGGUGAAUACACUGUUGUUGCUGCCAAUGUCGGUGGAAAAGCUGUCUCUAAUGCUAAGAUUACCGUCCUCCCAUCUGAGGAAGCUCAGCGACCACAGAUUCUUGAGAAGCCAGUUUCUACUAAAGUCAACGCUGGAGAAUCUGUUCGACUAGCUGUCUUUGCUGUUGGUCGACCAACUCCCGAUAUUUGCUGGCUCAAGGAUAAUCAGCUUUUGAUUCCCGAGAAGCAUACCAACUACCAGUUCGAAGGUGUCGAUGGCCAUGGUUUACUCACUAUUGAUGCUGCAACCAAGGCUCAUGAUGGUUGGUAUACUGCCACCGCUAUCAAUCGAGCUGGUCGAGAUUUGUGCCGAUGCAAGAUCACCGUUUCUGCCGAUGAGAAGAAGCAGGACGCUGCAACUGGACGAAAAUUCCAGUCCUCUCGAAAGGGGCUCAAGAAGAAGGCCGAUGCGAGCCCUGGUCGCCACACUGGCAAGCUUACUCAGGCUCCUGAGGACUUCGACGAAGCUGAUCUGUUCGAUAAGAGCAAGAAACAAAAACCAGUUUUCAAGAAAAAGAUCUCCAACAUCAAGACGAAGACUCUCGGCGAAGCUACUUUUGAGUGCCGAGUUACACCUAUUGGUGAUCCAACUAUGAAAGUACAGUGGCUUCUUGAAGGCAAGCCACUUGAAAAUGCCAAUCGAAUCCAGACUAUGUUCGAGUUUGGCUACACCAGCCUCACUGUCACUCAUUGCUACCCUCGCGAUACCGGUGUGAUCACCUGCCGCGUUACUAACGCGCAUGGUGCUGCUGAAUCUUCAGCAACUUUGAUUGUCAAGGAAGAUAGAGGCACUACCUUUGCUGCCGCUGAGGGACGAGCUAUGCAGCUCAUUGCUGAGCGCGAGAAGAACUCCCGAGCUGAUUCUGAGUCUCCACCAUACGCUCGAUCACCAACGAAGGGCGAUGAUGAUGCUCAGUUUGCUCCACAGAUUGUUUCUAUCCCAGAUGAUUGCAAGACUAACGAAGGACAGCCUAUGCGAUUCAAGGUGCGAUGCACUGGAAAUCCCCAGCCAAAGGUUGAGUGGUACCUCAAUGGUCAGCAGAUCCGAAAGUCCAAGCGAUUCACCCUCUGGAACGACGGACUUCAUCAUUUGGAAAUCAACCCUGCACGAGCUUACGAUACUGGGUCACUCGUUGCUGUUGCUAUCAACAAAAUCGGCCAGGCUCAGGCCAGCUGUUGCGUUGAUGUUGAACCUCUUGGAGACCUCCGAUCGAACCUCAAGCGUGUCGAUAGCUCUUCUCCAGACUCUGCUCUUCGAGCGAUGCGAAUUGACCGAAAGGUUGAUACUGAAAAGCGAACUGCUGAGCUUGGUGAGUACAAAAAGUCAAAGCGAAUGAGUUCUAGCGUGAGUGAUGCGAAUUUGAAUAACUCGGACGUCAGUUUGCUUGAGUACUUCCAACAAGAUUUGCAGCUUGCUGGAAAGAGCCAGAAUAAAAACCAAAACCACGUCGAGGUUUUAUCUGGCAACACUUCUUUAUUGUCUGACUCGCUCGAGACUGAGUCGAUGACCAGUUCGACCACGCCGAUUCCGGGUAGUCAUGACUUUUAUGAAGUGAUUCAGCCGAAGAAAAACUUAAAUACUAAAACAUCAAAGGCCAAAGCCGCCUUUACUGGAGCUGCAGUAACCACUAACAAAUGGAAAUAUGAACAAGAGCUUUUCACUGCCAGACAAAAGCUAAAACCUGCCAAAAUAACACGUACCGCUUCCCCUUCCUUGACUUUAGAAGAAGUGCAACUUCGAAGAACUUCCAUGAAUGCUUCUCCUACAAAAAGCCGACCAUCGGCUGCUUAUGACCCAGAACUUCGUGAAAAGUUCCACAAGGUCAAGACCGAGGAGCAUCAGAUGACUGCUGCUCGAGUUACCGUGCAAAAGAAGCCUGAUCAUUUCGACCAAAAGGAUCAGGAGGAACUUCUCAAGAAAACCAAGCGAGAACUUGAGCACUGGGAGACUCCCGAAGAAACUCCGUCCCCUAUGGGCCAGCCUGAUCUUCCUAGCCACGCUCUUCAGGUCGAAAUCCCUGAUUUCUCUGAUAUCAAGGCUAAGGAUACCGAAAACGAUUUGUUCCAGCCACCAGUUAUCACUGAAAAGCUCAAGGACAUCAAGUUCGACUCUGACACUGACGCUACUAUUCGAGUUCGAUUCUUUGGCUCGCCAAUGCCCGAGCUCCAGUGGUUCCAUAAUGGUGUGGAGUUGUCCAUGGAUACCCGACGAUACUGGAAGUUUGUCGACAACAGCACUUGCGAAUUGUAUAUCUUCAAGGUCAAUGCUCAGGAUGAAGGUCAGUACGCUGCUCGUGUCUCCAACCGAGGAGGCGAAGAACUCUCUACUUGCAUCGUUACUGUCAACGAAAUCAAGCGAAAGAUCUUGGAAGGCCCUCGAUCCCAGGAAUGGUCUUCUGACAUGACCGCUCGAUUCGAGAUUGUUGUCUCUCACAAAGAUGUCGAAGGUAUCUGGAUGAAGGAUGGAGUCGAGAUCGCAGUUUCUGACAAACACUUUGUCGAGGAUAUCGGCGGUGGACGACGACGACUUACUAUUCAGAACUUGAAGAAGGUCGACGAAGGAAUUUACGAGUACGUGUAUGCUGGCGACCGAGCCGCUGCUACUCUUACCGUCAACCAGGCGAAACUUGAGAUCUCUGAACAGCUCCGAGAUCAGUCUGUUCUCGCUGGUGAGGUUGUUACGUUCGAUUGUCUUCUCACCGAUGAAACUUCUGACGGAAAAUGGUUCAAAGAUGGCGAGGAAAUUCAGGUCUCUGACAGACUUCUUGCUAUUGCUGAAAAUCAACGACAGAUGCUCAUCAUUGAAGAUGCCACUGAAGAAGAUAUCGGUGUCUACUCCUUCGUUGUUGAUGGCGCUCAGACUUCUGCUUCUCUCGCUAUCCAAGAUGCUGUCCGAAUCGUCCAGGGUCUUCAGCCUUCUGAGGCUGUUGAAGGCGAGCAGGCUGUCCUGGCUGUCGUCAUCGAACCAGAGUCCUACACUAAUGGUAAAUGGAUGAAGAAUGGCGCCGAGCUUCAGUUCGACUCUCGAAUGAGCUACGCUCAGCCACAAGGAGGAUUUAAGGAGCUCGUUAUUCGAAAUGUCAACUCCAACGACGCUGGUGUUUACGCCUUUGUCGCUGGCAACCAAGUCACUGAGUGUGAAUUCGGCAUCGUCGAGAUCAAUGUCCUUGAACCACUCAGAGAUCAGCAGGUUGAGUUGUCUGGAGAAGUUCUCUUCGAGACGCUUCUCUCUCAUGUCAAUGUUGUUGGUACUUGGUGCAAGAACGAUGUUCCUAUCAAGAUGGAGGAUGAGCGAGUUCAAGUUUUCAUCGACGAAAAGGUUCAAGCUCUCUACCUCAACAAUGUCGUUCCAGAAGAUGCCGGUGUUUACUCCUUCUCUGCCGGUGGAAAAUCGACUGCUUGUGAGCUUCUUGUUGCUGUCCCAACUCCCAAUGUCGAGUUCAAGCAUGGACUCCAGGAUGUUCAGGUCAAGAACAAGGAAAACGUUGUCUUCCAGAUUGAGCUUACUGCCGAUGUUCCCGGCGCUUGGUUCAAGGAUGGUCAGCCAAUCGCUGAUUCUGACCGAGUCAAGUCAAUCACCGAAGGCGUUGUCCGAUCUUUGAUCAUCGCCGAAGCUGGACCAGAAGACGAGGGUGUUUACACUUACGCCUGUCAGAACAUUCAGUCCUCUGCUAAUUUGUUUGUCGAGGUCGCUUACAUCAUCCCCAAGAACUUCAAGGACACCAGUGUUGCUGAAGGCGAAACCGCUGUUUUUGAAUGCGAAGUUACCAAAUCCGACCUCGAAACUCAUUGGUUCCGAGACGGAGUUGAGAUCGAUGUUUCCGACGAUAAAUACGAGAUCAUUGUCCAGGGACUUUCCUACAAGCUUCUCAUUCACAACUGUACUGUUCGGGAUAAGUGCGAGAUCGUCUUCCUUGCUGCUGAUGAAUCUGUUGCUGCUAAUCUCCAAGUCAAUGCCGCUGAAAUCAUGGAAGAUGCUGUUGACUGCGUUCAGAAUGAGGGCGAAGACGCUACUUUCUCCGUCACAACCACUUCCAACGCAACUGUCUUCUGGACUCGUGAUAAUGUCCGCAUUAAGCCUAAUGCUAAGUAUCAAUCCCGAAUGGAGGGCAAGAAGAGUUUCUUGACCAUCAAGAAUGUCUGCGUUGAAGAUGCUGGUUCUUACACCUGCCAUGUUGGCUCAACUGAGUCGACCGCUGUUCUCUUCGUCGAAGUUGCUGAAGUCAAAUUUGUAUCUUCCACUAACAUCGAAGUUGCCGCUUCUUUGGAUAAGAACUACGCCGAGAUCGAAUUCCAGGUCAACAAGGAAGGUGCCGAAGGUAACUGGUUCCACAACGGAAUCCAGGUCAACAUCGAAGAAGCCAAAUACAACUACGUUGUCGACCGAACUUACCACAAGCUUAUUGUCAAGGAACUCGACAUUAACGACUCUGGUGAAUAUUCUUUCAAAACCGGAACUCAAGUUGCUACUGCUUUCUUGAACGUCCAGGCCAAGGAAGAACCCGCCAGUUUUGUCCGAGAACUCUCUGAUGCUGGAGCUGAUUUGAGCGAAGAUGCUGAAUUUUACGUUGAAGUCGCUGGUGUUCCUACCCCAGUUGUGACCUUCUACAAGCAAGGAACCCAGAUCAUGCCCAGCGGAAAGCACGAGAUCAUUCAGGAAGGAAAUGUUGUCAAGCUCAUUGUCAACUGCUGCACUGAAGCUGAUGUCAGCCAAUAUUCUGCCACUGCUAAGAACUCAACUGGUACCGUCAUGUGCAAGGCCAAUCUCAACAUUGUCGAGAAGAAAUCUUGGGAGCAGGAAGAAGAGCAAGUCCAAGAGCCAGCGCCUGAGCAGCAAAGCCUUGCCGAGAUGGUUCUCUUCUCACCUCGAAUAACGCCACAGAAGUCAAAGUUUCCUUUUCUGUACUCAUCUGGAUCCGAAUCCGAUUCGUCUCGACCAGCAUCGGGGCGCAAGAAUCGAAAUCCAAAUGAAGAAAUGAUCCAAAAACUUCUAGCCAUCAAAGAACGGCUGGAAGACACAUCCGACUUAGAAAUCUCUGAGAGCGCAAUGAGAGUCCUUCAGGAAAGAGGCAGUCGAAGAGGAUCAACAAAAUCUUCGACAAAAUCUUCGCCACGAUCGUCAGCUUCAGAAGGCGCGAAACCCGACUUACCAAAGGCCCAGCCUGCUUCGUCCAACGAAACAAAACGAAAAGCGGAGACAAUUUCGACAAAUUUCACGAUUCCGAAAUUACAACCAAAGGCGAAGCCAGUCGAACAAAAAUCGGAAGGCACAAAAGUCGUCAAAUUGACGAAAAAGAGAUCAAGCCCUGUUCCGCCAAAGCAAGAACAAAAUGCUCAAAAAGAGGUGGCCGCGAAAGGACCGACUAAAGGAAUGAACGCAGUUUCAGCCGGCGGAAAGUUGUUCUUGACCGAAAAGCCAAAACACAGAAAAACUCCAGACUUUGAAAAGCCAAAAAUCUCGUUGGUCAAGUUGGCAAGAGCUCCGAUGUGGCCACAAACAUCAAUACCUCCUCGCUCAACAUCAUCGCCGUGA